AUGACUUCGGUUUGGAAAAGAUUACAACGCGUUGGCAAGAAAGCUUCAAAAUUCCAGUUUGUGGCGUCCUAUCAAGAACUUGUGUUGGAAUGCACGAAGAAAUGGUAGGUUAUGUUAUUUCUUUAGGUUAAACGAACUCAUUUUCACAACAUGCUAUUGACUCACGUUAUCUGCUCCCAUGAAGGGCGUUUCUCCUUGUAAUACUUAUACUUUAAAAGUAGGUUUGCGCAGCCUACCACCAUGGGCGCUGCUUUAGCCAUCCUUGUCAAGAAUCUAUUCCAUUUAUUUGAUCAAAUCCAUAACGGGCCGUAUUCCAUUUUCUUACUAGUGACAACAGUUACAGGAAGAGGGCAAAAUGUAGUUAGUUCGUUGUUUCCUCUGAUACAGUAAUAUGAAUAAGAGAAGCGCAUUAGCUGUCGUCACUAGCUUCCACAGCCACAAAGUCAUAAUUAUGGCUAAACCCCGCCUAUUUCUACAAUUUAUAUUCUUACAAUUUUAUUUUAAACCUAACCUUUAACCUUAACCACACUGAUAACUUUACGCUUAACCCUUACCAUAAAUGAAGACCAACGUUUUCUUUUACGCUAUAGCCAAUUUUGACUUUGUGGCUGUGAAAUCGCAUUGAGCCUCUACAUUUCCGCGUUUAUUGUAAUUAUAGUAGGCUAUGGGCACAGGAUAAACACUAUUUUCACGCCACUUUGAUACUAAAGUGACUUUGUCGUAACAGGUUAGAAUUUACGCAGCAGUUCAGGAUAAUUAACAUGGCAGGUUAGGAGACCGAGUUUAAGGUUAGGAAAAUGUUUAGGGUUUGCAAAAAGACUCUCCUAACUUGCAACGAAAAUCACUUCAUAUCGAAGUGGCGUGAGAAGAGUGUGUCCCAUGGGCACAGUCCUAACUGUAGAUUUAAUGCACACAAAAGGCAUCAAUACUCCUACCCCUACCACAAGCCUAUUACAUCACUGUCAGACUGAUAAAGACAGACAUUAUGUCAGUUCACUCAGCUGACAGGAGAAUCUGUAUCAUGAUGAUGACGAUGUCAUGACAUGACCAGAUACUGGGAAGCAGGGCAAAUGUUUUCCAGAGUGAUAUCACUUCUAACUUUAUUUGUUUCACUAUGAUUGGAUUUGUUGGUAUUUCUUUGUAAUGUUAAUUAAGCUAUCUGUGUUGAUGUCAUCAGACAUGUCAUCAAUUAGGCUACCCUUUGCCUACUUUGAUCUUAAGUGGAGAAGGGCCUCAAUCAAUAGCCUAAUGAUUGAUCCAAUUAAAACAAUGCUUUUCACUCUUAGUGGAAUCCCAAAGUUACUACAUACUUAUUUUCUAUCAACCAUGAUAAGGGAGAUCUCUACACAACAAUGUAAUUUGCAAACAGGCCUGCCAGCCAUGCCAUAUCCUUGCGUAUUUUGUCAUGUUCCAACAGAGCUAUUGUGUACUAUACAGUAGUUUGAUUAGAUCAUUAUUUCUUAGCAGAUAAGAUUCAGACUUAGACUAAAACACAGACCAUUUGAAAUCUGACACAACGUCUGUACAUGAGCCUUGGAGCGUUGAGCCCCAUCAUGGUGAUCGAUCGAUUCAAAUCAAAAUGUAUUUGUCACUUGUGCCAGAAUACAACAUGUCUAGACUUUAACAUGAAACACUUACUUACAAGCCCUUUCCCAACAAUGCAGAGUUAAAAAGAAAAAAAGAAAAAAAAUAGUAACACAAUAAAAAAACAAUAACAAGGCUCUAUACAAGGACUACCGAGUCACUGUGCAGGGGUACGAGGUAGUUGAGGUAAUUGAGGUAAUAUGUACAGUGAGGGAAAAAAGUAUUUGAUCCCCUGCUGAUUUUGUACGUUUGCCCACUGACAAAGACAUGAUCAGUCUAUAAUUAACAUGGUAGGUUUAUUUGAACAGUGAGAGACAGAAUAUCAUCAAAAAAAUCCAGAAAAACGCAUGUCAAAAUAUUUAUAAAUUGAUUUUGCAUUUUAAUGAGGGAAAUAAGUAUUUGACCCCUCUGCAAAACAUGACUUAGUACUUGGUGGCAAAACCCUUGUUGGCAAUCACAGAGGUCAGACGUUUCUUAUAGUUGGCGACCAGGUUUGCACACAUCUCAGGAGGGAUUUUGUCCCACUCCUCUUUGCAGAUCUUCUCCAAGUCAUUAAGGUUUCGAGGCUGACGUUUGGCAACUCGAACCUUCAGCUCCCUCCACAGAUUUUCUAUGGGAUUAAGGUCUGGAGACUGGCUAGGCCACUCCAGGACCUUAAUGUGCUUCUUCUUGAGCCACUCCUUUGUUGCCUUGGCCGUGUGUUUUGGGUCAUUGUCAUGCUGGAAUACCCAUCCACGACCCAUUUUCAAUGCCCUGGCUGAGGGAAGGAGGUUCUCACCCAAGAUUUGACGGUACAUGGCCCCGUCCAUCGUCCCUUUGAUGCGGUGAAGUUGUCCUGUCCCCUUAGCAGAAAAACAAAGCAUAAUGUUUCCACCUCCAUGUUUGACGGUGGGGAUGGUGUUCUUGGGGUCAUAGGCAGCAUUCCUCCUCCUCCAAACACGGCGAGUUGAGUUGAUGCCAAAGAGCUCGAUUUUGGUCUCAUCUGACCACAACACUUUCACCCAGUUCUCCUCUGAAUCAUUCAGAUGUUCAUUGGCAAACUUCAGACGGGCCUGUAUAUGUGCUUUCUUGAGCAGGGGGACCUUGCGGGCGCUGCAGGAUUUCAGUCCUUCACGGCGUAGUGUGUUACCAAUUGUUUUCUUGGUGACUAUGGUCCCAGCUGCCUUGAGAUCAUUGAUAAGAUCCUCCCGUGUAGUUCUGGGCUGAUUCCUCACCGUUCUCAUGAUCAUUGCAACUCCACGAGGUGAGAUCUUGCAUGGAGCCCCAGGCCGAGGGAGAUUGACAGUUAUUUUGUGUUUCUUCCAUUUGCGAAUAAUCACACCAACUGUUGUCACCUUCUCACCAAGCUGCUUGGCGAUGGUCUUGUAGCCCAUUCCAGCCUUGUGUAGGUCUACAAUCUUGUCCCUGACAUCCUUGGAGAGCUCUUUGGUCUUGGCCAUGGUGGAGAGUUUGGAAUCUGAUUGAUUGAUUGCUUCUGUGGACAGGUGUCUUUUAUACAGGUAACAAACUGAGAUUAGGAGCACUCCCUUUAAGAGUGUGCUCCUAAUCUCAGCUCGUUACCUGUAUAAAAGACACCUGGGAGCCAGAAAUCUUUCUGAUUGAGAGGGGGUCAAAUACUUAUUUCCCUCAUUAAAAUGCAAAUCAAUUUAUUAAAUUUUUGACAUGCGUUUUUCUGGAUUUUGUUGUUGUUAUUCUGUCUCUCACUGUUCAAAUAAACCUACCAUUAAAAUUAUAGACUGUUCAUUUCUUUUUCAGUGGGCAAACAUACAAAAUGAGCAGGGGAUCAAAUACUUUUUUCCCUCACUGUAUGUAUUUAAGGUCUCUUCUUGUUUUACUUGUGUAUUUUGUUUUGCGGUAGACGUGUUUAAUGUACUGUAGUGAUGUAAAUUGUUGAUUGCUGAUAAUUUGUAUAACAAAUAUUUGUGCUUGAUAUUUGUAAUUUGUACUUUGAAUAAAAAGAAAUGUAAAAAAAACUAGCUUGCUUGCUACAUCUCGUCAUCCGGUGUUACUCGGUCUGUGGAGCUAACAAAAACAACACCUAAACAUCACCAGCUUUACUCACUAUUCAGGAUUCAUGGUGUCCGAAAUCUGUGUUUUCUCGGCCCUUGUCUGGGUCACACACUCAUCUUCUUGGUAGCUAGCUGCGUUGCUAUCGUAGUAGGAAAGAAUACUUGUUGCUGUAGCUAGCUACCGUACAGUAAGUGUGUGGUUAGAGUCCAGUGAGUGUGCAUAGAGCCAGUGCAAGAGACUCAGUGAGAAAAAAAAGGGUGUCAAUGUAAAUAGUCCAGGUAGCCAUUUGAUGAGCUGUUUAGCAGUCUUAUGGCUUGGGGUAGAAGCUGUUCAGGUGCCUUUUGGUCCCAGACUUGGCGCUCUGGUACCGCUUGCAGUCUAUGACUUGGGUGGCUGGAGUCUUUGACCAUUUUUAGGGCCUUCCUCUGACACCGCCUGGUAUAAAGGUCCUGGAUGGCAGGGAGCUCGGCCCCAGUGAUGUACUGGGCCGUACAGACUACCCUCUGUAGUGCCUUGCGGUCGGAUGCCAAGCAGUUGCCAUACCAAGCGGUGAUGCAGCCAGUCAAGAUGCUCUCAAUGGUGCAGCUGUCAUAGCCGUGGGAAGUAGGGGUGCUGAGGGUGCUGCAGCACCCCCUGAAAAAUCACAAUGAAAAAAUAUAUAUAUAAAAAUACAUGUUUUUGAAAAAAAUGUAUGUUCACCACUGGGCCUUUAAUAGUCCUGUAUUAGCAGGCUGAUAUCUGUGGAGUGGGCAACCCCCCCCCCCCCCCCCGUCCCCCGUCCCCCGUCCCCCGUCCCCCGUCCCUGUCGAAAAACAAAUUGCAGCACCCCACCUCGAAACGACUUCCUGCGGCUAUGGCAGCUGUAUAACUUUUUGAGGAUCUGAGCGCCCAUGCCAAAUAUUUUCAGCCUCCUGAAAAGGCGUUGUCGUGCCUUCUUUAUAACCGUGUUGGUGUGUUUGGACCAUGAUAUAUCCUUAUUGAUGUGAACACAGAGGAACUUGAAGCUCUCCAGUUGAACUGGGUCUCACUUAUAAUAACACAAACAUGAAGAGCGAUCAAACUGUCCAUCUCAUGUUUUGUCAUAAGCUGUUCUAACAUGAGAACCAAUGAGGGGGAGGUUUUUUGAGAGAAAGCCUUACUACUGGUUGCAGCUGUCAGGGUCAAGUCUUCAGUCUCAACAAAUGAGCAGUCUUGCCUCUGGUUGAGUUUGUGACAGCUGGAGCAUGACACAGCGGCCUGCUUUUGGUGUGAGUCAUAUUGGCCUCUGGUAACUCGGGAAGGAGUAUGGGCAUGCUUUCUCCUGUUGUAAUUGAUUUGCCUGUCCCAGUCUGUCAGUCUAUUUCUGUGCCCUAUGAUGCCAUAAUGCUUUAAAAGCAACCCCCUCCCCACCCAAACAUGCCAUUCAGCUCCCUUUCAACUCCCUUCCUCUCUGUUGCUAUAACUAGCCUGAAACCCGACACAGAACUGAAUUUGACCCUGCUUUCCAUGUUCUCCUCAACAGGCUGCAUUAGCCCAAUAACUCUCUAUGUUAGUAAGGAGUCCCCUGCACCAGAGGAACUUCAAUUCAGUUUAGAUAGAUCCUACAAUAGUAAUAUGUUAAACACAUUUCAGGUGUAUUACCAUUUACAAGCAAUAUUAGUGAGCAAACAGCUCAACUGUAUUCUGGAUACACAUUAAAUAGUUAUAAUAAAGUGGGAGGGGCUUGUUAUAACAUAAACAAUCAGGAUGGGAGGGUCUUCGGACUGUAGGUUAAAAGUGAUUGUGCAAUAUGGGUCCUUCCUCCUGUGAGGUACCACACCCCCAGAGGCCUCAAGAAAACAGUGCAAUUGGCCAGGUCAGUGCCAUAAUGCAGCUUCCUUCCAUUCUUCCUGUGUUCCAGAAGCCAGAACUUCUCCUUUUAACAAACAAUUGACAAACCAAGGGUUGGAAACUUCUCCCAGUCAGUGGAGACAGAACAACACUGGUAUAAUGUUACACAUUGAGGACAGAUAGAAUAGCAAUGAAAAUGUAUGCACUCACUAACUGUAAGUCGCUCUGGAUAAGAGCGUCUGCUAAAUGACUAAAAUGUAAAUGUAAAUGAAAUGUAUCUGACAAACAGUCAAACAUUUGUGUAGGCCUAUGACAUAUUUCAUGAAUGCAUUAUGUAAUGUCAAAUCGAUUCCGAGAUUUACUUUUGAUAUUUCACCAAUAGACAUGUAGAACACCAUAUUAUGUUUGACAGUAAUUUCAGGUGGCCUAGUGUGAGAUAUUUAGUACAUUUCUGUGAUGUUAGAAAUUAGUCCACGUGUUAAAUGAGGAAUGCAUUUGUAAGGAACUCUGGACCAAAGCUAUGAUGUGUAGUACAGAACUGUAGUAGCAAAGGUCCCUGGCUUCACACACACACACACACACACACACACACACACACACACACACACACACACACACACACACACACAUACACACACACACACACACACACACACACACACACACACACACACACACACACACACACACACACACACACACACUGUGUCUCUUCCAGCCCUUGGGUUGUGUGUAUUGGGUUUCAGCUGAUUGUGAUCAUGUGACUCUCACAAGAUCCCCAUUACUGUCUGCUAUCCCUCUUCGUCAUCUGUUGUGGAAUAGAAUAUCUGUUAGGGCAUGAUUCCCUUGCGUUGUUCAGGUUGUUUAAAACAAACCUCUUCUUUGGAGCUAAACCACCAGGGAUGACUCUGACUGGGGAAGCAGUCCCGUUCUUCUUAAAAAUAAUUGUUUCACAACAAAUAACAGAGAACUUGUGUGUUGGUGUUUAUAUUAGUGUUUUUGUGGAAAUGAUUACAUUGAAAAUCCAAAGAAGAGAACUUAUGCUGAAUUAUGUAAGGACUAAAAGAAGCUACAAAACAAUUUAUAGCAUUUCUCACUGUCUCUUGUCUCAUGUUUUGAUGCAUCACCUUUUUCUAUGAUUUCAGGCAACCAGAUAAAGUGAGGGUGGUUUGGACCAGAAGAAAUAGGCGUAUGUGCUCCAAGGUAAAUACUCACCCUGUUUUACCUACCUCAAAACAGCACAGCUCUCAUCCCACCAGAAUGGCAGGGAUGCAUUUCUAUAACUUGUAUCACGUUUUGAUGUAGCCUUGAUUUCUCUCUCUAGCUUCAUGGAUGGCAGCCGGGCAUCAAGAACCCCUACAGGGGGAUGGUGGUGUGGCCCGUACCUGAAAACGUGGAUAUCUCCGUCACACUCUUCAGGGUAAAUAUCACCCCAUGGGUAUUCAUGAGUACAUGAGUACACAUGAGUACACUUUAGACAUUUCUAAUGUAAAUUGAUAACAUACAAAAAUGUGUGCAACAUGUGUCGUUUUCCCCUGUCAUUUCUAUCUCUGUAUUUACCCCACUAGGAUCCACAUUCUGAUGUGUUUGAAGACAAAGACUGGACGUUUGUCAUUGAGAGUGUGAGUGUAGUUUCUACCUCUAUCUAAUUACAAUAUCUCAUAACGGCCCGCAUUGAAAUAUGACAUUUCAUUAAAGAUAAUCUAAUGGUACUACUAAAGCCCGCUCAUGAAUGUAUUCCUGCUGCUUGCUUUGCAGGAGACAAAGGGUCAACGUAAGGUGUUGGCUGCAGUGGACGUGAAUAUGAAGAAGUUUGCCAGUGCCACUCCCACUCAGCAAGACCUGACAUUGAAGCUGAAGCCCCUGUCUGUCAAGGUGGUGGAGGCAACUCUGAAGCUCUCCCUGUCCUGUGUGUUUCUCAGAGAGGGGAAAGCCACGUGAGUCCAUCCCAUAAUAUCCCAAUAACGAUAGAUUCAUAAUUACCACCCAUACUACGGUAAUAACAUCAGUAAUGACAUCAUUAUGUGUCAAGGUGACAAUGCUGUGUUACUCUCCCACAGUGACGAGGACAUGCAGAGUCUGGCCAGUCUGAUGAGUGUCAAACCCACAGACAUCGGUAACCUUGACGACUUCAACGAGAGUGAUGAGGAGGAAGACAGGAGGUCCAGUGCUGGAGCUAGCAUUAGCAAAGCUGCUGCAGGUACACUUCAAUUAUACACUCAUACAUACCUCGUACAUUCUGCCUUCCUUUCUCUCCAAUAAAUAAUGGCAUCCUCACUUUUCUACCACAACUUUUUAUUAGUCUCUCCUGUCCCUACCUUUUCCUUCUCACGCUUUCUUUCACCACUUUCUCUGCCAGUUCCUCUGCCAGUUCCUCUCCCUCCUGCCCACCUUUGGGUCUCCUUUCCAAUCAUCCUACCACAAUACUUUAUGUAUAAAUGUAUAAAUUACCAUCAUUUAGAAUAAUUUUUUAAAAACAUUAUAUAGAACUGAUGGAUCCUCUUUGAUAUGAUUUUACGUUAGUCACCACAUUACAUCUUCAAAAUCUUCCAUUGAAUCAGAUACUUUCCCCAUAGAUAUCAGAAAGCCAAGAAGAAAGUAAUAGAGAUACAUCUCUAUUAGCAACAGUAGUCCUCAGUAACAAUUUAUAUGCUAUGCAGCUAGCUAGUUUUCUUGGAAUUUUCAGUUAAAAAGUUGUAUCUGAUUUAUGACGGUCAUUUCAUUUGCAACCUGUCAUAUCAUCCUUCCCGCCUUCUCUUAAUCUUUUUCUAUUUCUACUCUUCCACAUCUUCAUCUCCCUCCCUCUCUCCAUCCCCCUCUCCAUCCGAUAGCCUGUGGGAAAGAGAGUGGCAAAGCUGGUACUGCCCCUGUCCCCCCGACCCCCUCUCCACAUCCACCAACCCGUUUCAGACAUGCACACUCUGUGCCACCCUCCCCUGAGCCCCCCAGGCCACCAGUGCCCCCAGUCUCCUUGGUGCCCUCAGUUUCACCUGUUCCACCAGUUCCAUCGGUUCCAUCAGUUCCAUCCGUUCCCUCAGUUCCCUCAGUGUCCUCAGCCUCAGUUCAAUCAGUUCCAUCAGUUCCAUCGGUUCCAUCAGUUCCAUCCGUUCCCUCAGUUCCCUCAGUGUCCUCAGCCUCAGUUCAAUCAGUUCCAUCAGUUCCAUCGGUUCCAUCAGUUCCAUCCAUUCCCUCAGUUCCCUCAGUGUCCUCAGCCUCAGUUCAAUCAGUUCCACCAGUUCCAUCGGUUCCAUCAGUUCCAUCCGUUCCCUCAGUUCCCUCAGUGUCCUCAGCCUCAGUUCAAUCAGUUCCAUCAGUUCCAUCGGUUCCAUCAGUUCCAUCCGUUCCAUCAGUUCCCUCAGUGUCCUCAGCCUCAGUUCAAUCAGUUCCAUCAGUUCCAUCGGUUCCAUCAGUUCCAUCCGUUCCCUCAGUUCCCUCAGUGUCCUCAGCCUCAGUUCAAUCAGUUCCAUCAGUUCCAUCGGUUCCAUCAGUUCCAUCCGUUCCCUCAGUGUCCUCAGCCUCAGUUCCAUCAGUUCUACCAGUUCCACCCGUUCCAUCAGUUCCACCAGUUCUGUCAGUUCCAUCAGUUCCCUCUGCCUCCGUGCCAUUAGUGGCCCUAGGACCCCCAGUUCCCUCAGUGCCAGCCUUUACCCGCUAUCAACCACUGCCCAAAAUCUUCCAUCCCAGCAGCUGCUCAGGUACCUGCAGCCAGACAGAUAGACUGAAUGAUGCUGCCUUGACAAGUGCUUACUGAAGCUUCACUUGUUUCUCAAUCUGCAUGAUGGAACUCCCUGAAUUGCCUAUGAAUUGCUUAACAUUUUGUUCAACAGAAGUAUCCCCCAGCAAGGGCAUGGUAUUGGAAUGUCUGGACUGUCUAAUGAGACUGAUUUUGAGCAACAUAGAAAUCACUAGUAGCAUCAACCAGGGGCACUUUUGAAGACUUCCAGUGUUACUGUAAGAUAACAGAAAUGUUCUCUGCAUUAUUAACAGGAAAUUGUGGUUUAGAAAAAGUAAAAGUAGCAUCACUGCACGUCUUAAGGCAUGCCUAUCUGUAGUAUCCCUCUUUCCACCAAGUCAUCGCUCUCAUUCAUUGGUUUCUGCUAUUUUUCUAUUUCUGCUAUUGUUCUUCCCUCUUUUCACUUCCUUUUCUUCUUGCUGCUAGCGCCUGUGUCUUUUCUGAGUAGUCUCCCGGGGGCUCUGAGUGGCCUUGCAGUGGACUUGAAGCCUCGGGGUGUUGGCCUCUCUCAACCCCCCUCCGACCCACAGAGAGGUACCAGACACAUGGCAGUUCAUAGGUCAAAGGCCACCUGCUUUAUCACAUUAGCCGUUAUAUGUCUUUAAGUUGGACUCAUAGAGGUUUGAGUGUCUCAUGCUGUAGUUUUUCUUACACUAUCAUCUUUCUGGCCUCUCCUGUCUUUUAUCCCCCUCUUCCUCUACGGCAGCUCGUUCAAAUGUCUUCAGACCUCAGAUUGUAUCAACUCAUCAGCGUCCCUCCUCCCCCUCUAUCUUUUCCUCUGCUGCUUCUCCUCAAGGCAAAAACACUGUUACUGCCCUAUCCCAGCCAGACCCACCGCUGCUGAAACCCCAGCUCCCAAAACCUGAGCCAGGUAGCUAAAGCUGAUAACUUUGUGUUACUUCUGAAGUUAUAGCUUGUGUAGCUUGCUUCUCUUCAGUUGUAUUAUCUUGGAGUGUGAGCCAAAGCUGACUUGCUUAAUUCUGGUUGCUGAACUAAUUAUAUCAUUUUUCUCUUUCUUUGUUUACCUACAAUCAUAAAUAUUUGUCUUACUACACUCUCUCUCUCUCUCUCUCUCUCUCUCUCUCUCUCUCUCUCUCUCUCUCUCUCUCUCUCUCUCUCUCUCUCUCUCUCUCUCUCUCUCUCUGUCCUCUCUGUCUCUCUCUCUCUCUCUCUCUCUCUCUCUCUCUCUCUCUCUCUCUCUCUCUCUCUCUUUCUCUCUCUCUGUGUCGAUCCCCUUCAUCACCUCUCUGCUCUCAGCCUCAGUCCGGCAGAGGGAGUGGGGGAGGCCCAGGCCUGUGUCAGGCCCCUCUGGCCUGUCCCCCUCCUAUUUCUGUCCCUCUCCCAGAGAUGCCAUGGCCCCUGUCCCCCUGUUGACUAGCCCAGACCUGGAUGCCCUGUGUGACCAUUACUGUCCUCCCCCUUCCAUCCCCUUCCCUAAGUCCUCACCUCCUGUCAAAUGUAUUUUCUCUCACGACCCUCCAACUCCUCACCCUAACACCCACCAUAAACUUGCCCUAGUCGUUGCCCCUCUCUCUGACCCUCUACCCAAGCCUGUCCCUCUGCUUCCUGCUACUGUCCCUGCCUUCCAGUCAGGUACUGAACCAACAGGUCUCACAGCAUGAAUACCAUUAGGGCAUGGGAGGGCAUGGGAGGACAACUAGCUCCAAGACAUCAGCCUUGUUUCAUCAAUAAAACCAUUCUGGACAGUUUGUCCCUUGCCCUACACUGCCCGUUGGCAAAGCACUGAGACAACCACAAUAUUCUACGGCCAAAUGUAGCUUUAACUAAAUUCAUUUCAAUGCCUGUGACAGUGCUGAAGACACAGUACCAAUGAAGUGGUGUACUUAGCUAAAAAUAUAUCCUGCACAAAGUCCCUGUUGUCUCUAGACAGUAGGUCACAUUCGGUUGCAGCUGUAAUUGAGUAGAUAAUUAUGUUACUGCUGCCAGUAAAAUGUCAGUUCUGACAAGACUUACAUACUGUAUAAAUCAUGUUAUGCACGGUUGAGUGUCAACAAUGCCAUAGUUGUACACACUGAUGCAAUGUGUAUGUUUAAAUGGAAAUAACAUAAUAUUGUACGUUAUCCCCAUGACAUGAUGUGUGUAUGUAUGUGUGCUUGUUUUACAGAGAUACAGAGGGAGUUGAAGACUCUCACAGAAGAGGAAUACCACAGUCCUACUCUUGGUGAGACAUUCUGCCAUGUUCUCGCUAUAUUUACACUAUCAGUCUAAUGUACAAAGUGUACUAACCACCGAUAUGUAUGAGCCCUGAAUAACACUCAAAUGCAGUCAUAAAGAUAUUAUUUUAUAUAAUACAAUUAUCGAAACAGUAUUUACUAUAUUGCAUUAUAAACUGGGUGGUUCGAGCCCUGAAUGCUGAUUGGCUGAAAACUGUGGUAUAUACCACGGGUAUGCAAAAACAUGUAUUUUUACUGCUCUAAUUACGUUGGUAACCAGUUUAUAAUAGCAAUAAGUCACCUCAGGUGUUUGUGGUGUAUUGCCAUUUACAUUUACAUUUACAUUUACGUCAUUUAGCAGACGCUCUUAUCCAGAGCGACUUACAAAUUGGUGCAUUCACCUUAUAGCCAGUGGGAUAACCACUUUACAAUAUUUUUUAUAUAUUUUUUCUGAUUAUUAUUAUAAUUACAUUUUUUAAAAUUUAGAAGGAUUACUUUAUCCUAUCCCAGGUAUUCUUUAAAGAGGUAUUGCCAAUAUACCACGGCUAAGGGCUGUAUCCAGGCACUCCGCGUUGCGUCGUGCUUAAGAACAGCCCUUAGCCGUAGUAUAUUGGCCAUAUACCACACCCCCUCGGGCCUUAUUGCUUAAUUAUAGCAUAAUCUAAAUGUUUUACUCCCUGAUUGCUCUAGGGCCGAAACUGUCAGAGCAGCAAAGGCUGUCUGUCUCCAGUGAGACCGUUCCCCUGGCCCUGAGAGGGAACGAGUCUCCUCGCUCCCGCAGGACCGCUGGCACCAUCAUGAUCGCCAACCAACAAGCCUCUGCUGAGAAAGCUGUGGGGUUGAAAGAUACCAGUACCAUUAAAGGGUGAGUUCCUAGUGAUGGUAUACCAUACAUACAGCCACUUGUCAGCUUGGACCUCACACUUCGAUUUGUAAAUGCUGUUGUUGCUGUGUUGUUGCUGUGUUGUUGCUGUGUGAUGUAGUGGGCAGUGGUAUUCAAAGUCGGGGUCUAGUGGUGUGGUAAGAGUACAGAUUAUUGUAUGGGACAAUAUACAAACGUUUUUGAGAAAGAUUAUUUGAAAAAUGCAAUUCUAUUGAGUAAAUGUAUUUAUUUUGAAAAUGUAAUGAAUUGAAAGUUAUUUGUUGAUGUAAAAAUUGCCUUUUCGUCUCUAUUGGGUGCUAUAAUUUGUUGCCUAACCAUAAAAUGGAUGCCAAUGGAUGCAAAAGUUUUAUGGAGUGAAAGGAAUCAUUGCCAUGAUUUCAGCUUUACAGCAACAGUGCAGAGACAUGCUGUAGUCUCAUAAAGGUCAUAAAUAGGCCUAGGUCUCUAGCAUCUUGUGUUUUCUAUUUAUACCCAACUACAUAGCAUGCUUCCAUCCAUACCCAUAAUUACUCACCCCCUCCCCUCUGUCUUGUUAGUCCUACUUUCAUUUCACCUUCUAUAAAGCAAAACCCUCCCUAACACUACUGGUUCAUGACCUUGCCAAUGUGUGUGACCUGCAACCUCCCUGCUCUCAAUGUCUGAGCUCUGACACCAAGUAUCUUUGUCCUCAGUUCUGGGCAAGAUGGCGACCCAGCAACUGGUGUUCCUGGCCCUAUUCCCACAGAAGUCUCAGCAGAGCUUAUUCCAGCCCUCCCUCCUCCAUGGCCUUUCUCUAGCCCAGAGACAGAAGCACCAGAGAGCACUACCCAUAAAGAGCCUUCUACCAACAUCCUGGGAGCUUUUAGUGCUGAUAACACGCCAUUGGCUGAAAAGAAGCCUGACUUUAAACAGAAAUCCAAUGAGACCAAAGAAGUGCCUUCUCAACCUGCCAAACCAGAGGACACCUCUGCCUCAACCCCGGGUGAAACACCUUUUAGUGCAGACAAGCCGCCAUUGGCUGAGCCUGAGCUCGACCUUGAUGACAUAAUCAUAGAGACGCCUGAUCCGUCAGUCAUGGCCGAUAACUUAUUUUUGGAGGACAAUGCAGAUGAAGAAACAUCAGAAGUGGCCGCAAUAAAGAGGUCGCCAUUCAGCACCUUGAAGACUGAAAUGGAACAUCAGGAUGGAGGGUAAGUGUGACAUUCUGUAGGCAAGUACACACUCACACUGUGCUGCAGUUUCAUAGUUUUUCCUCAUCCUUAUGUGACAAUAUAUAAUAACAUGUCAUCCUUACAAGCCUAAACACUAUACUGAACCAUUUUACACUGACACCAUUUUUGUAUUUAUUGAAAGCUCAUCUUUGUUUCUCGUUAACACACAAAUAUAUUUACCAUUGCAAGUGUAUUCACACACGUGCACACAUACACACACACACACACGGGCGCGCAUGCACACACACACACACACACUUCUGAUAAUAAUAUCUCCAUUGAUGCUCAGACCCUUGACGUCAUUGUCCCUGUCCACACAGUAGUGAACAGGCAGCUGAUCCAGAGUCGACUGGAGUGCCAACAUCAAUAGAGCUCCAUGUAGAGCACGGGCCAGUUGACACAAAGACACUUCCAGAUAUUGGAAACAUCACAUGGGAAGAUGUAGCUGAGAAGCACACCAAAGGCCCAGAGCAGCCCGUUGAUAAGAAGCAGGAGAAACAGAGCCCAGUGCCUGCUUUGACCAACAGGUCAGAUGAAGACAAGGAAAUUAUGAAAAACAUGGCUGCCCUGAAGGCAGGUCCUCCCAGCAAAUACAAGGAAAUUAUGAAAAACAUGGCUGCCCUGAAGGCAGGUCCUCCCAGCACUACAUCCACACCAGCUGAGCCGCCUAGUAUUCCUACUCAAGAGCUCCCUCCUCUGGAGAAAAUGCCAAUCAAAGCAAAAAGGCUGUCAUGGGCUGAGGAGGUUAUGGGCUCCAAAGAGAAUGAUAAGAAACAGAUGGACCAUCAACCCCGGGAUGAGAAGGCCUCAUUAUCACAAGCUGAUGAGCACAAAUCAGCCCCUCUGGAAGUUCAAGUGAACAAGAGUGUAGAGGAGUCACAUAGUUCUGAAUGGAAUGCAGCGAAAGAGGAUGCAGGCGUUUUGGAAGAACACAGAGGAGAUGCUGACUGUGUUCGGAAAGAGCGGUAAGUGAGAGCACAUCUUAUUAACAGUUUCCUCUCUACGAAAUGUCCUUUAACCUUGUCAACCUUUCUAUUGUCUAACUCUCUCUUCCUCUGUGCCACUCCAUGUCCUGUUCCAUGCCACCUUCUGUCUCUCUUUCAGUUCUUCUGAGCAUGUGUCAUUAAAAGCAGAAAGGUUUCCCUUGUCAGGCAGUGUCAGUGUAGAUAAAACAGUAAAAAUAGAUGUACUAUCAAACAGUAGUAAUUCAAUUUAUAUGGGUAAAACCAUGGAUGCUACUCCAAUAAGCUUAGAGACACCCAAGAUGCCUGAACCCCCUCAAUAUGAAGUCCUUGAACCUAUGAUCCAGUUCAGCUUCACAUUAGACACCAUAGCUGAGGAUGCGAUGGAGAAUGUAGAACUGCCAGAGAUCCUGGCGCAGGCAGAGGUUCCACUCUGGAAGGCCCUGGCGCAGGCAGAGGUUCCCCUCUGGGAGGCCCUGGAGGAGAAAGCUAAGGAUCAGGAACCAGAGCAGGACUCUGGAGAGGUGAUGAUCAAAGACGAAGUCCUCAGGGAGGAACAGGGUGAAGUAGAUGAGAACAUGUUAGUGCCAGACGUGGAAUCACUGGAGACAGGGUAAGUGUGGAAGGAAGGAAGGCAUCUAUAUAACACUGAGAGUAAUUGAUGACAUCAGGGAUACCCUAGUUCAAGAUUACCAUAUAGGUGUGAAUUAUGGUCUGGUGGUUAUCCUUGGCAAUACUUCAAAUGUAUGACGAUGCCUGGCCCUGUCCUACAGUUAUUUUGAGUGUGUCUGAUCUGUAAAUAUUCCCUGUAUCUAGGCUAAUUAUGCCAUAAUAUUGAUGUCCUUCCCGUAUGUUUGCCAUCUCGCCCUCUCAGCUCAGACAAAGAUGUUAAGCCAGAAGCUGCUAUUAUCAGAGAUGAGGGUCACAAGCAAAUCAUCUCAGAUGAAUCAGAGCUGCUCCAAAUGCCACCUACCCCAGAGCCCACUGCCCAGUCUUCUGAAUCACUUGUAAAACAGAUGAUUGAAGAGGAAAACAGUAAAGACAGUGAACCAUCAAUAUCACUGUCUACUACACCCCCUCUGGAUCUCCCCGCAAAGGCUGUCGGUAGCUCCACCAUGGAGCGCACAUUGCCGUUAGACACGCUUGUGUCAUUGGAAGCAGACAUUUCUCCAGCUGGAGAGUCAGAUGUUAAGAAGGAAGAGGGGCCACACGAUAUGAAGUGUCCUCCCAGUAGAGAGGCUGUAACUGAGGCAGAAAGGCCUCUGUGGGCUACUUUAGAGGAGGAAACUAAGGAGAAGGGGACAGAGGGAGUAGGCAUGAGCACAUUGGAGCCAACAAAGAGUACCUUGCAAACAGGGUAAGUUACUGGGGGUUGAACACGUCACAGAAUGACAUAAAGUGUCUGUUAGGUACAUUUACACUAGACAUGCAUGCUUGUGGUGGUGUUGACAUUUUAAAAAUGUUUUAAUGCUCGCCAAAAAGUGCCAAUAACACUGCGUUUAGGCUAUAACUUUUCUGGAGACUAGUCAUUUUCUCCUUAUUAGAAAUCAUGACCUACUCUAUGGAUUCCAGUCCUUGUGCUGGUUUCAGACUACUGUCCAAUCAAGUGUCUCAUUUCAUAUCUGUAUCUGUGGCAGCCUAUCUAGACAGGUGUCUGUAGCAUUUUCCUCCCAUCUCCCUCCAAGUAAAAUAGAGAAACAGACAUUUACUUUGACUGUGACAGUUCAGGAGCCUUUGACACAUCAUCGACUGAGGAGGCCCAAUUCACCCAUGAUAUCUGGAAAGAUUAGCUGUUGUCAACACUGAGAGUGAAGAAGGUGCAAGUCAGUCAGGUUCCUCCAUGUUCGGCCCAGGACAAGCCAACAAUGAGCAGCAGGUAGAUCCAGUGUUGAAGAAGAGCUCUGAGAGCACAUCAGAGUUUAGUACAAGAGAGGUGUUGGAAGAUGAGCGGGUUUUGGACAGGCUGGAGCAGGUUCCUGUAGCUGUACGGGAGGAAGGCCUUGAUGUUUUCAUGAUAGUAUUAGUGAGUGCCCUGUACAUAAAAAAACAAAAAAAACAUUCAGCAGACGCUCUUAUCCAGAGCAAUUAGGGUUAAGUGCCUUGCUCCAGGGGCACAAUGGCAGAUUUUUCACCUAGUCGGUUCGGGGACUCAAACCAGCGGCCUUUCGGUUACUGGCCCAACACACUUAACCACUAGGCUACCUACCGCCUGUACAGAGGGUAAGUCUGACAGGCAACCGAGGCUUGCUCAGCUUUGUCAGCUUUGAUCAGCAUGGCCACAGGCAUUUUAGGGACAUUUAGUACCCUUGCUUGUGAAAGCAUGUUACCAAUAAGAUGCGAAGCUUAAAUAACAAAAAGUUAGUUUAAACCAUUUUUACAGAUUUCAGAUCUAUAUGUAUAAAGAUUGGAUGGAAAUAUGAACAAGUAGUAGGUGUUCAACAAUGUCACCUUGAAGUAUUUCUUAAAGUCUGCAUCGUCUAUGCCUGCUGUAAAAGUAACCUAAAAACAUAGUUCAAAUAUCCCCAUUCCCUAGUUAUGAGACUGUGACUUCUAUACUUCAGCCAUCUGGACCGAUGUCUAAUGACAAUGUGGUCUCAGAGCAUUUCAUAUUAUUCUGUAUGUAAAUCCGAGAGACUCCAUUUAGUAUGAUAUGUUAAGUUUCAUAUAUGGUAUGUUUUAAUUUGUGGAUGUCCAUCAUCCAUUUCGUAUGAUAUUAAUUACAAUUUGUGCUAUUUGUUGCGAAUUGCAAUUCUUAUUAUUUGUUACGAAUUGCAAUUCGUAUGAUUUGUUUUACGAAUUGCAAUUCAUACAAUAUGUUAUGAAUUGCAAUUCGUACAAUAUGCAACGGAUUUGCUAAAUGUACAGUAUGUUACGAAUUUGCAACACAUUACGAAAUUCCAAUUUGUUGUAGCUAACGUUAGCUAUGGGUGGCUAGGUGGCUAACGCUAAUGUUAGCUAGCUGGCUAACCUUAGCUAGGCUAGGGGUUAGGGGUUAGGGGUUAGGGUUAGGAGUUAGGUUAAAGGGUUAAGGUUAGGGUUAGGGGAACGUUUAGCUGAAAGGGUUAAGGUUAGGGGAAGGGUUAGCUGAAAGGGUUAAGGUUAGGGUUAGGGGAAGGGUUAGCUAAUAUUCUAAGUAGUUGCAAAGUAGCUUAAAAGUAGGAAGUAGUUGCAAUGUUGCUAAUUAGCUAAAAUGCUAAAGUUGUCGGUGAUGAGAUUCGAAACACCCAACCUUUGGGUUGCUAGAUGCUCGCGUUAAGUAACCUUCUGUCUUAUGUAACCAUACCAAACAUAACAUAUCAUACUAAUUUGAAUAUCCCGGAUUUACGUUUACUAUGUUACGUCUAGUUUAUGAGACCAGUCUGCUAAUGAUGAGGGGUAGGAGAACCAGACUCAAGACCACUCUCUCCAUCUGGGUUUGAGAUCCUACCACUUGAAGACUAUUCUGAUGCAUUAGAGGAACUCCCAGUCAUGGAAGAGAAACAUCACCGGUCCAAGGGACCCACAAGAAUUAAACAAAGCUCUCUACAACUGAAGAGACUGGCAGGAUAAGCUUAGUGGAGACUUUGCGUUUAGCUACUGUGGAGCAAGAGAUGAUCAAGGACACAACCAGCAAAAUUGAGCAAGAGGCCGAACCACUGAAGGAGACCACCAAACCACAUAAAGACACUACCAAACCUCAGAAGAGAUCACCAAACCACACAAAGAAACCACUGAAGGAGAUCACAGAACAACCCGAAAGAGAUCACAGAACCACUAAAGGAGAUCACAGAACCACUGAAGGAGAUCACAGAACCACUAAAGGAGAUCACAGAACCACUGAAGGAGAUCACAGAACCACUGAAGGAGAUCACAGAACCACUAAAGGAGAUCACAGAACCACUGAAGGAGCUCACAGAACCAUUGAAGGAGAUCACAGAACCACUGAAGGAGAUCACAGAACCACUGAAGGAGAUCACAGAACCACUGAAGGAGAUCACAGAACCACUGAAAUAGAUCACAGAACCAUUGAAGGAGAUCACAGAACCAUUGAAGGAGAUCACAGAACCACUGAAGGAGAUCACAGAACCACUGAAGUAGAUCACAGAACCACUGAAGGAGAUCACAUAACCACUGAAAGAGAAGACUGUGAAGGGUAAACCAGAGAUGGAUGGACGUCCACCUGUGUUACCACCUCUAGAAAACAAAAAUUAUUAAAAAGCCGUACAGACAAUUUCCCACCGCUGAGAGAAGCAGAGCUGGAUGAAAUAGCUUUUGAAGAGUGCUUGGAAGAAAAUACAAACGAAGCCACCCCCAUCGUUGACGACACUAAAGCCUAUAAGGAGAUGAUCCAGUGUUCAUCUCUGACAGCGAUUCAGAUGAGUUGGAGUUUGAGAUGGGCAGGAGGAUAUGGGCAAAGUGUGGCUGGCAGAGUUGUACAUACAGUAGAUGGAGGGAAAGUGCCUGAGCUCCUGUCGCUCUCUGCACUACUUUCCUGCAAGGUUUAAUGAGGCAGAUUUUAUUCAUGCAAUAGGAAUGGAGCUCUGUCAAGUUGUGACUUGGUUUUUGUCCACAGGCAUUUGGAGUGGAACAGUAUUUUCUUUGCUUAUACUGAGUGAUCUUGUAAAGAUUUCUCGUAAAGUUAUUUCUCAUGAACUUGUGUUUUUUAUAUAUUUGUGUGUAGAAUCUACUACCAUGCCUGAGGAGAAAGUUGAAUUGUUGGAUGUUAGUGCUGAAUGUGCAUUUGCAUGUGAAUGUAAACGUUUUUGCAAACUGAACCCAGUGAAAUGUUUUCAGGGAAUGUAACUGGACAUUGCUGAUAGUGAGCUUGCCGUGUUGAUGUUUACUGUGUGGCAGUCUGCAUUUUGGGGAAUUGAUUGAAUUGCUAUUGUAGCCAUGCCAGAUGGCUAACAUCGAUACCUCUGUUUCACAGUCCAGGGGUGUUAUCAUCGUCACCACCUGCUCCACACGAGGACACACCCCCUGAUGGUUUAUCCACACAGCAGGCCAUGUCACUGUUGUCCCCUCCUGCAGGCCCUGUUGCCAGAACCGUUGAACUGGAGCCACUUCCCUGUCGUCACAGCAAAAAUAAAAAAAUCACUCCUCCGGUGCCUCUUCAGGAAGUAGGCCCAGAGAGAGUUAGUCAAGACACAGCGCCUGUUGCCAGUUGCUUGGCUCCACCAAAGCAAAAGAAAAAGAAAACUGUCCCUCCACCAGAUAAUACAAAUAAUGACGCAAUGGCACAAGAGAGCAGCACACCUAGCUUAACAAAGGAGACCAUUAACACUGAUGCUGAAGAGGAAGACAUUCCAAAACCACUAAUCCUCGCCAUGGAAACAACUUCUUCAGAUAGCAUUCUGGUGACAGCCAAAGAGAAGGGAGCCAAUGACGAGUAUUAUCUACCAAAGGAGGGUGACGAUGAGAAAGAUGUCUCUGUCAACUCAGUGGUCCCAUGGCCUAUACCCCCCUCUCAACCUGGAAGACCUACUACAUGUCCCAAGGUCCCUCACGUAAGCCCUACAGAACCCCGCAAAGACGACCUAAGCCUCAUAAAGGAGGAAAAGUUGCUGCUGGCUAAGAUUAGUCAGAUGGCAGGAGAAGAUGUACCUGCCCCCCGCGUCAGAAAACGCCUGAUACCCUUCUUGCGUGAUGAAGACCGCUCUCUGAACCCAGAAGAUCUCCCAGCCUCCGAGGCCAGUGAGGAGCAGGAGACUCCAUCACCAGUGAUCCCCCAGAAAGUCAGUCUAUACAGGCCUGAGCCAAACCACCUAGACCUAGAUGGAAGGAAAGGUCAACAGGAAAUCAUUUGUGAGCCUUCUACCAUAGCCACCUCCUCAUCAAAUAGUAACCCAUCAGAGACUAUUACUGAUGCUAAUCAGGGACAGGUCCUGGAGGACCUGGUGGCAACCACUGAGUGUAUGACAUCAUCAGACUCCGCUGUGAACUUGAGAGUCCAUUCAAAGGAACCAAUGGAGGGUAAGGAAAGUAUACUGAGGACAGAAACAGGGACAGAUGGGGUAUCUGUUGACACAGGACUUGAAAUAGACAAUGGCCCGCUCUCUACCGUUUCUUGUGUCACUGCCCAAGAGGAGUGCUUGUUAUUGACUGAAUUAGUGGAGACAGUCUCCAAUAAGAAGGUGCCUGAAUCAAGGGUUGAGGAGGAAGAGGAGGAAGAGGAGGGCCUUGAGAUUGAACAGGAUGCUACUCUGUGCACUGUAGAUACAUCAGUGGAUAAACAGUAAGUUGGCAGAACAAUUUGAAGUUAAUUAGAUCAUGUCAUCUGGCUCUUGUAACUACUUGCACAGUUAAAUAAUAUUCACAUUAAUCCGUGCUUAACUUAAACUGUUUUUGUUUGUUUGCAGGAUAUACAGUAAGCUCCAAAAGUAUUGGGACAGCGACAAUUUUGUUGUUGUUUUGGCUCUGUGCUUCAGCACUUUACAUUUGAAAUGGUACAAUGACUGUGAGGUUAAAGUGCAGACUGUCAGCUUUCAUCCUUAUCAGGUGAACCAUUGAGGAAUUACAGCACUUUUUGGACAUAGUCCCCCCAUUUUAGGGGACCAAAAGUAUUGGGACAAAUUCACUUAUGUGUAUUAAAGUAGUAAAAAGUUAAGUAUUUGGUCCCAUAUUCAUAGCACGCAAUGACUACAUCAAGCGUGUGACUCUACAAAUUAGUUGGAUGCAUUUUCUGUUUGUUUUGGUUGUGUUUUAGAUUAUUUUGUGCCCAAUAGAAAUGAAUGGUAAAUAAUGUAUUGUGUCAUUUUGGAGUCACUUUUAUUGUAAAUAAGAAUAGAAUAUGUUUCUAAAUACUUCAACAUUAAUGUGGAUGCUACAAUGAUUAUGGAUAAUCCUGAAUGAAUCAUGAAUAAUGAUGAGUUAGAAAGUUAUAGACGCAGAAAUAUCAUACCCCCAAAACAUGCUAACCUCUCACCAUUACAAUAACAGGGGAGGUUAGCAUUUUGGGGGGGAUGUGAUAUUUGUGCGUCAUUUCAAAUCCCAACUGCUAGAGUACAUAGCCAAAACAACAAAAAAUGUGUCACUGUCCCAAUAAUUUUGGAGUGUAUAACUGAAACGAAAUCUGAUAUGUAUUCUGAAAUUAUACAUAUCAGCAAACUUGACUUUGCUGUCCCAUCAUCUUAUUUAUCCCAUUUCUGUCCGUAUAGAUCUGAGACGGCUGAAGGGGGAAAGAAGUCCAGUGACCUGGCUGUCCCAACGAGAUGCUCUAAGAAAGCUGCUCAGACAUCCUCACCAGACAUCACAACCCAGGGGAACAUCCAGCAUCCAGCUACCAGCUCAGGCAGUGAAGACCCACAGUCCAAUGGACAGAACCCAGCAGUUAAGGAGGUCCCCUCUGGUCAAGCAUCAGAUACGGUUGUACCACCUCGACGCAGCAAGAAGAAACUCCUUCCCUCUCCUGGGGUCUUUCAGGAAGUUGCCCCAGAGGCCUCCACUCCCACGGCGGACAAGGACGAAGCCCAUGGGAAGGAUGUGUUAGUCAUCAGCCAUGAGGUACAUUUGAUUAAGUGCAUAUAAACAGUUAAUUAUAUUUAAAACACAGCUGAAGAUUGAAUAUGUCAAUGAGAAUGUCAUCUAUAACAGGUCUCUCUCCCUCUGUCCCUCUCUCUUUUUCCUUCACACCCUCCUCAGAUGUCUGGUCCUCUGCCCAGUCCUGGUCUUGUGUCCUCCAGCAAGUCUUUACUGGAGUGGUGCCAGGAGGUUACAAAGGGUUAUAAGGGAGUGAAGGUCACCAAUUUUAACACCUCCUGGCGUAAUGGUCUGGCUUUCUGUUCCAUCCUGCACCACUUCUAUCCUGACAAGAUGUAAGCACUUAAUCACUAAACAGAUACAGUGGGGGAAAAAUGUAUUUAGUCAGCCACCAAUUGUGCAAGUUCUCCCACUUAAAAAGAUGAGAGAGGCCUGUAAUUUUCAUCAUAGGUACACGUCAACUAUGACAGACAAAUUGAGAUUUUUUUUCUCCAGAAAGUCACAUUGUAGGAUUUUUAAUGAAUUGAUUUGCAAAUUAUGGUGGAAAAUAAGUAUUUGGUCAAUAACAAAAGUUUCUCAAUACUUUGUUAUAUACCCUUUGUUGGCAAUGACACAGGUCAAACGUUUUCUGUAAGUCUUCACAAGGUUUUCACACACUGUUGCUGGUAUUUUGGCCCAUUCCUCCAUGCAGAUCUCCUCUAGAGCAGUGAUGUUUUGGGGCUGUCGCUGGGCAACACAGACUUUCAACUCUCUCCAAAGAUUUUCUAUGGGGUUGAGAUCUGGAGACUGGCUAGGCCACUCCAGGACCUUGAAAUGCUUCGUACAAAGCCACUCCUUCGUUGCCCGGGCGGUGUGUUUGGGAUCAUUGUCAUGCUGAAAGACCCAGCCACGUUUCAUCUUCAAUGCCCUUGCUGAUGGAAGGAGGUUUUCACUCAAAAUCUCACGAUACAUGGCCCCAUUCAUUCUUUCCUUUACACGGAUCAGUCAUCCUGGUCCCUUUGCAGAAAAACAGCCCCAAAGCAUGAUGUUUCCACCCCCAUGCUUCACAGUAGGUAUGGUGUUCUUUGGAUGCAACUCAGCAUUCUUUGUCCUCCAAACACGACAAGUUGAGUUUUUACCAAAAAGUUCUAUUUUGGUUUCAUCUGACCAUAUGACAUUCUCCCAAUCCUCUUCUGGAUCAUCCAAAUGCACUCUAGCAAACUUCAGACGGGCCUGGACAUGUACUGGCUUAAGCAGUGGGACACGUCUGGCACUGCAGGAUUUGAGUCCCUGGCGGUGUAGUGUGUUACUGAUGGUAGGCUUUGUUACUUUGGUCCCAGCUCUCUGCAGGUCAUUCACUAGGUCCCCCCGUGUGGUUCUGGGAUUUUUGCUCACCGUUCUUGUGAUCAUUUUGACCCCACGGGGUGAGAUCUUGCGUGGAGCCCCAGAUCGAGGGAGAUUAUCAGUGGUCUUGUAUGUCUUCCAUUUCCUAAUAAUUGCUCCCACAGUUGAUUUCUUCAAACCAAGCUGCUUACCUAUUGCAGAUUCAGUCUUCCCAGCCUGGUGCAGGUCUACAAUUUUGUUUCUGGUGUCCUUUGACAGCUCUUUGGUCUUGGCCAUAGUGGAGUUUGGAGUGUGACUGUUUGAGGUUGUGGACAGGUGUCUUUUAUACUGAUAACAAGUUCAAACAGGUGCCAUUAAUACAGGUAACGAGUGGAGGACAGAGGAGCCUCUUAAAGAAGAAGUUACAGGUCUGUGAGAGCCAGAAAUCUUGCUUGUUUGUAGGUGACCAAAUACUUAUUUUCCACCAUAAUUUGCUAAUCAAUUCAUAAAAAAUCCUACAAUGUGACUUUCUGGAGAAAAAAAAUCUCAAUUUGUCUGUCAUAGUUGACGUGUACCUAUGAUGAAAAUUACAGGCCUCUCUCAUCUUUUUAAGUGGGAGAACUUGCACAAUUGGUGGCUGACUAAAAACUUUUUUCCCCCACUGUAAAUCACCCACAAUAUUCGAUCCUAGUCUGAAUGUGAAAAGUCCAGCAACUUUAUUAUUAGUCCACGCAUGUACUUUAAACCAACCCUUACAGCUGAAAGUAGGAAAGGUAUAAUUAUGCCACCUCCUUACAGGAAAUAGAGUAGAAGUUCUCACAAAAUAGUAGAAAAUAGUAGAAAAUGUCCUCUCCGUCCUUCUAUUAACUACUGGUGUUUUUCUUAGAGAUUUUGAGGCACUGGAACCCAACGAUAUCAAGUUAAACAACAAGAAGGUGAAAAAGUCAAUGAGCAUAUCGUGGACAUAUUUACACCGCAUUAUCACAUUUUAAUAAUUAUACAUAAUGUCUAUAAGGAACACAGAAGUCAUUGUUUUUGUCCAUUCCCUCUCUCUCAGGCCUUUGAUGGCUUCGCUGCGCUGGGCAUCUCCCGACUGCUGGAGCCCUCAGACAUGGUGCUGCUCUCUGUGCCAGACCGCCUGAUCGUCAUGACUUACCUGAGUCAGAUCCGCACCCACUUUAUGGGGCAGGAGCUGAGUGUGCUUCAGAUCGAGCACAACAGCAGCCAGUCCAGCUAUGCAGUGACUUUGCGCAGUGAGGGUUCUGAUGUGGAUGCAGCUGCUCGCUUCUGUGCCCGCAAGUUACAGGAAGGUAGCAUCUCCCUGGAGGAGAGCGCUACAGAACAGGCCUCUAAGCCCAAUGGGAGCCUAGUGCCACCCCCUCGUACUAAACGGGUGACAAAAGUGGAAGAGAAGGGAAGCGGAGCUGGGGAUUUGGAUAGGGGAGCGGGAGAGACACAGACCCCCGUGCCUCCACCCAGGUCACACACCUCUGCAGCCAAAUCAGGAUUUGGUCACGUGAGAGACGCCGACCUGGUGAAGAAAAGGCGCUUGCGGCUGAAAAGUGAGUCCAUGGAUGAAGGGGAUGGGCUGGAACAACAGAGUAGCACAUCUAAGAGCACAGAGGUACAUUCUGAAUACUGUCUGUAUCUUUUCUCCCAUUUUCCCAGCUUUUAAAACAGUUUUCUUGCAUUUGAACGGAGAUUGAUGUUCUAUUAAUAUGUCAAUCUUUUGCUAUUUAAACGAGGCCAUGUUUCUCUUCACCUAUCAUGUCUAUUGUGUUUGUGUCUCCUGUCUAGUCAGCUGAAAGUGUAUCAGACAGAGAGAUGAAGAACGGCUCCUCAGAAUCCGGUAGGAGGUUUACCGGGAGACUUUACCUGAACUGAAUGAGCAGACAACAGAAAAUGACAAUGCGUAAAGCAUGAUAUGAAAGGCUGCAUUCUCCAAUGAUUUGUUGUUAUUGUUGUAAAUAUACUAAUAUACAGUCUCGCUGUUUGGUCUGUGUGCAGAGUCAAGGAGCCCAGCACAAGUCCAGGAGUCCAGUGUCCCAAGCCAGGAGGAGGAUACUCUGGUCAGUUCAAACCUUUACCUUGACGUCACGUUAUUAUUCACUUGACUGUUUAUAUUUGUUUUUCUCUUUUGGUUUAGGCAACCUUCUCUCUCACUGUCAAAAAUGUGAUUUUCCUGUGUUUUAUAUACACUGAGUGUACAAAACAUUAGGAACACCUGCUCUUUCCAUGACAUAGACUGACCAGAUGAAUCCAGGUGAAAGCUAUGAUCCCUUAUUGAUGUCACUUGUUAAAUCAACUUCAAUCAAUGAACGGAAGGAGAAAGGUUAAAGAAGGAUGUUUAAGCCUUGAGACAAUUGAGACAUGGAUUGUGUGUGUGUGCCAUUCAGAGGGUGAAUGGGCAACACAAAAGAUGUAAGUGCCUUUGAACGAGGUAUGGUAGUAGGGGCCAGGCGCACCAGUUUGUGUCAAGAACUGCAACACUGCUGGGUUUUUCACACUCAAUAGUUUCCUGUGUGUAUCAAGAAUGGUCCACCACCCAAAGGACAUCCAGCCAACUUGACACAACUGUGGGAAGCAUGGGCCAGCAUCCCUGUGGAACACUUUUGACACCUUGUAGAGUCCAUUCCCCCAACGAAUUGAGGCUGUUCUGAGGGCAAAAGGGGGUGUAACUCAAUAUUAAGCUGUUCCUAAUGUUUUGUACACUCAGUGUAUAUUUCCACACUAUGAGGUUGGAAUAAUACUGUGAAAUUGUAAAAAUUAUGAUAAUGCCCUUUUAGUGUAAAAGAACGCCUGAAAUUUGAGCCUGUUUUGGUGGGAUGGAGUUUUAGCCUUCCAUGGUGACAUAUAACUGCACAUUUUCAGUUUUCCCCUCCCAGUCAGACCACUCCCAGACAGUCCUAACAAAAUUCUUGUUGAGAAAUUACUCUUUGCUAAGAAGCUAUUUUCGGUUCAUUUUGACCAUUUUAAUUGAAAACAAUCACAGUAAGGUACUUAAUUAUUACCCAGAAAUGAUUUGAUAUUGAGAUAAAAAUGGCUGCAUUGGACCUUCUAGUCCUCUGUGUCUCUUAGGGUGUUUACUGAUGUCCAUGGCGUAACCUAUCCAUCUCUCUUUGUUUUGUAUGACGUUUACUUCCUGGAUUUCUCUUUGCCUUUAUUCCUGUUUCUCCCUCUAAUCUCCUGACCGUUUUCUCUCUGUCAUCUCUCUAUGUUCAUCUGUGUCUGUCCUUGCAUGUCCGUUUCGGCAAUGUGUGUCACUGUAUCUUCAUGGUCAGCGUCUGCAGGACACCAGUCAGUAUGUGCUGAGUGAGCUGCAAGCCCUGGAGACUGAACAGAAGCACAUCGACAACAGAGCAGGCAUCGUGGAGAGGAGACUCAGAAGACUGAUGGAAUCAGGUGAGAAACAGAACGAUAUAAAAAGGGGCUGUAAACAUGAACAGUGUCAGGCUUACCUUUAUGUGUGCUUAUCAAAGGCCUCAGGCUCCUUUGUCUACUUUUCUCAGUAGAUACAAGGUCUAACCUCUGAGGUGCCAUGUGGACUUUGUGUCCUUGCUCCAGGUAGCGACCGUGACGAGGAAGAGAAGCUGAUCCAGGAGUGGUUCACUCUGGUCAACAAGAAGAACGCCCUGAUCAGGAGACAGGACAACCUGGAGCUGCUGUAAGACACAUACCAGACCACUCACACAUAUAUUAUUCUUAAGAAUAAGUAACAUGAUUAUGUUACUAGGAAAUAGUUUGAACUGAAAUGUGCCAUCUGACUACAUGUGCCAUAUUAUGUUCUGUGUGUGUACCCAGCCACGGGCAGGUAAUUGAAUGUAUUGUAUUUAACAGGCAGGAGGAGCAGGACUUGGAGAAACGAUUUGAGCUGCUGAAUAGAGAACUCAGAGCCAUGAUGGCCAAUGAAGGUUAGUGAGUCCAAUGGAUAAACACAACCUUGUUUACAUUGAACACAACCAGUGAGACGACUGUAGACCUAUAGCAGUUGUGUGUAUAUAUAAUUACUAUGAUAUCGUCUCUCAUCCCUGAGAAGAACAGAAAGGCCCACACACUGAAUAUGCUCCAAAUUACCAACUUUAUUGACAACGUUUUGAUCCAGGUCUGACCUGAAGAAGAUCCUUGUGGUUCGAAACGUUGUCAUAUUCAGUGUGUGGGCCUGUCUGUUAUUUUCAGGUAUACUCCGUUUUUUUAUGGACAUGCGUAUGACCACAAACUUUUCUAUCUUCCCUCAUCCCCCCCCUCUCUCCAGAGUGGCAGAAGACUAACGCUCAGCAGCACCGGGAGGAGCUCCUGCUGCAGGAACUAGUCUCUCUGGUCAACCAGCGGGACGUGCUGGUCAGGGACUUGGACGCCAAGGAGAGAGGGUGAGACUAGGACAUCUGUUUGUUAUACAUCCGUGCUUAUAUAUGCUUAUACAGUAUGACACACUAAGCAUGCACACACAGUGUCAUAAACACACAUCAUAUUCUACACACGUUUUAAACGAUGCAGGACUGCGUGGUUGUUUAUGUGUGUGUUUGUGUGUCCUCAGUGCCGUUGAGGAGGAUGAGCGUCUGGAGCGGGGGCUGGAGCUUAGACGCAGGAAGUUCAGCAACAAAGACAAGUGUGUGCUGCAGUGA